AUGGGGUUAGGGUAUAGAGAGGAGAAAAAUCCAGUCAACCUUCGGGAUGUUGCACGGACACUCCAAACUGCUGGAGUGUCAGAGUGUCGAACACGGCGAAUGGCUCCAACACGCCCCCAACAUGCAUUGGACAUGGUCAACGGUUGGGACACGGUCAAGACACAGCUCCGACACGGCCAAGACACGAUAGGGACCAGUUUGAAAAUUUCAAAAUAA